CAUCCCGAGCCGCGCCUACUCCUCCCACUGACCCCUCGAAUCUGUCCCGAAGGGCCGAAAAAAAAAACCGAAGCCGAAAAAGAAAAUUCCUCGCCGCCGUCCCUCACGGCGACGGCCACCGCGACCCCGACGACGACCACCAUGUCGGCGCCCACCAUGCCGGCGUGCGCUCCCGUCCCCACGCUGCGGCCCGACGAGCGGGCCGACCUCCUCUCCCUCCUCGCCGCCGCGGCGCGCCCGCUCGCCGACGUCGUCGCCGACUUCCUCACGCGGUUCCCCCGCGAGCGCCGCCUCCGCGUCGGCGGCGCGCUCUGCUUCCUCCUCGAGGACAAGAAGAUGCUCCAUCCUACUGGCCGUUUAAUUGCAUUUGCAAUUCUUCAUCAGAGCUAUUCCCCCCAGACAGCAAAUCCAUAUGUUCCUAUAUUGUUAAAUGCAGCCUGCGAUGAAACAUCAGAGAAAUCAGAACGGGCAUUUGUCCAACUAUUAUUGACUUCAUCCAGUGGAAACAAUAAUAAUGAGGUCCUGAAUCAGUCAGCUGUAGAUUACAUAAAUGGGUCUGUUUCAGCAUCUCAGGCCUUGUUGCCACGGGAACAACUUGAGAAGCAAUAUUGCAGUAACGGUGUACAGUCUCAACAUCAGAUUAGUAGUUUCAGGGCUGCUGCUGUUAGAAGUGCUAUACCAGAUCCAGAUGUGCCUCAAAGUUGUGCAAAUUCAUCAGAGUCUGCGAUAUCAUUACCUGGAAGCAAACAGAAAUCUGCUUCUGAUGAUAGAGAUUCUGCUCUUGCUGGUUUACUCCAUGAAAAAUCGGGGGGAAGAUUGGGUCCUCAGUGGAUUCGGCCAACACCCCCAAGACUUCCUGUACUAGACGGGGAGCUACAAUGGCUGAACCCUGACAAUAACCACGAGCUAUUAUGGGAUUAUAGCAUGUGUGCUGAUACGAGUCGAGGGGCUGCUAUCCGAGACUUGAUUGCAAGAGCCUUAAAAGGUCCACUUGCACCUGCCCAACAGGAGCAAGUCAUAGUAGAACUGGCAAAGGAUCCUAAACUGGUUUAUUACUGCGGGAUGACUCCACAGAAGCUUCCGGAUCUUGUGGAACAUAAUCCGCUCAUUGCUGUUGAGGUCCUUUCGAAGCUAAUUAACUCUCCUGACAUUGCAGGUUACUUUGAAGGUCUUGUGCAUAUGGACAUGAGCCUGCAUUCUAUGGAAGUUGUGAACAGGCUUACCACUGCUGUUGAACUUCCAACAGAGUUUGUCCACGAGUACAUCACAAAUUGUAUCCAAUCAUGUCAAAGCAUUAAGGAUAAGUACAUGCAAAACAGACUGGUGAGACUAGUAUGUGUUUUCCUGCAGAGUCUCAUCCGAAACAAGAUUAUAAAUGUUCAAGAUCUUUUCAUUGAGGUACAGGCGUUCUGUAUUGAAUUUUCACGGAUAAGGGAAGCAGCUGGUUUAUUCCGACUACUCAAAUCUUUGGAGUGAAAGGAAUUAUAGACCGGUUGUAUCGACAUCGAAUGUACUUUUCUUGUUCUGGAUAGUUCUAUGGCCACUCUGGGUGUUCAAGAUCACUUGUUACGAUAUGCACAUCAUUUCUCGUGGAAUCCGUGGCACCCUUACUAAUUACCGUGCAUACCCUUGAAAGAGUGGUGAAAGAGAAUGCCAAGAGCAGAGUCAGCCAGCUAGUCAGAUAACAUGUGGUAUUAAUUGUUGGUGCAAAUUUAGAUCAGUUUGUACUUUGUAGGCUCAUUUGUACGGCGAUGAAUAAUGCAUGCAUGCUUUCUUCAAAUCUUCUGUAUUUGCAUCGUAACUGAAACAAUGUUGCAAUCUGUUCUCUUGUAGUCUAUGAGUGGUGCAAGAUAGUUGGAUACGUUACCCAGAAUUGAUUUUCCGUUGUGUGUAUAUUA